CUUAGAAGAGUCUGUACCUAAAUGACACGAUAACUAGUAUUUAAACUUCUUUUUUUAAUUAUUAUUAUUUAAAAAAUCAGAAGUUACAUAAUCAUGCCCUAGGUCUGGAGGCCAGAGAGCAAACGCCGAGAAGAAGCACUGUGUGCGGUGGCAAUGUCGUACGGCUCAAAGCUUCCGGUAGACAUGCUCCUUGAAAUACUCUAUCGACUGCCCCCAAAGUCUCUCUGCCGAUUCAAAUCCGUAUCCAAGUCCUUUUUUCUUCUAAUCUCAGACCCUAAUUUUCACGAAGCACACCUCAAUCGAAUCAACAACAAGCCCCAGAGAUUCAUUUUCUAUUCGGACUGUCUUUACUCCGUCGACUGCACUGAAGCAUCCAACAACGAUGCCGUCACUGCAAUGAAGCAUGAUUUUUUCCAGAUUGCAGACCCGGACGAGUUCGAUAUCAUGGGUUCUUGCAAUGGGUUGAUUCUAGUUAGCGACGGAGAUGGCGUCAAGCUUUUGCUGAAUCCAUCAACUCGAGAGGGCAAGGAGUUACCCGAUUCCCCUUUUCGCCACCAAACAUUUUCAGUCUACACCAUGUACGGACUCGGGUACGAUUCGUCUACAGAUGAUUACAAGGUUGUGACGAUUGAGGGUAAAGAGGAUAUUGAUGAUGACGAUGAUGACGACGACGACAGAGAUGAUGAUGAUGAUUUUAUUAAUUCAAUUGUAAGUGUGUAUUCACUAAAAACCGAUUCUUGGAGGAGGAUUGAAAAUGUCCCCUGUGAUGAUUCUCCUCUAGAGCCUUGCUCGUUGGUUCUUGUUAAUGGGUGUUUGCAUUGGUUGAGUUACACGAGUUCGGGUAGUUUUGUGGUUUCUGCUUUUGAUUUAGGAGAUGAGAAAUUCCGGGUUGUGGAGACACCUUGCUCACCUGACCAGAGCAAUUUUUUGUGCUUUAAUUUGGGGGUUUUCGGAGGGUGUCUCUGCAUGUGUGUGUCUCUUAGUGGUGACCAAAUUGAUUUUUGGGUGAUGAAAGAGUAUGGGGUGACGGAGUCUUGGACCAAACAUACAAUCUGUGCAACUGAUCUUUACAAGAUGGAACCCUUGUGUUUUCUUGGGGAUGAGGAAGUUUUAGUGGAUAUGAAUGGAGAGAAAUUGGUUGCAUUAAAUGCUAAAGAGAAAACAUCAAGAGAUAUAGUGGUGAGUGGCAUUCCAGCUGUUUAUAGAGCAGGGAUGACCUAUGUGGAGACCCUUGUCUCGCCCUAUCGCAACUGCAACUGUGGCUGUAGGAUUGACCAAGACUAUGAAGAGAGUGAAAGCUGGGAGAAAGAUCAACUAGACAGGAUCAAAGAGAGAGUGCAAUCAUUGGGACUGGACUCAAAAUGGGAGCCAUCAUGGGUUGUUGCUAAAAGAUUAGAAAAAGUGUCAUUCAUUAAUUCUUAAACUUGAUCUGUUAAAAGAUUAGAAAAAGUGUCAUUCAUUCAUAUAUAUGUUUCUGUAACCAUUCUCUUUUAUUGAGAUAACGAUGUGUGCAACAAGGUAAUUAUGAUUAGUUAGAUUCUAAUGAUCUUCCAUAUCCUAUAAUUUUUCCUUUAACAAACAGAAUUACUCCUUUCUUUCUUGUUUAAAUUGGAUUAACUAGUUAAAGAACCAAAAACUUACUAAUUUCUUUUCAAUGGUUUGAAUUUUGUUUGUGGGCUAUUUGGAUAUCUUUUCUAAAUUUCUUAUAAAUUUGAUACUCCUUGUUUUCUUUCACUUUUAUAGAUGAAUUAGAGUUUCUGAACGAUAUUUAUGUGAUUUUAUGAGAAUUCAUGUGUUGAUUUUCAUAAGUGUCUUUUGCUACCCCCUUUAUUCAUUUAUUUAUUAUUAUUAUUGUAAAAAAAAAUGUU